CUCUCGUGGUUUGCUGUCAAACGGAUCCGCAAACGACUUAACAAAGAGUUUCUCACAUCUUAUAAGAGGGCGGUUUUGGUGACAGGUUGUGAUACGGGUUUCGGUAAUGCAUUAGCCCUUAAACUCAAUGAAAACGGCUAUAGAGUGUACGCCACUGUAUUGGAUACAGAGGGGGAGGGGGCGAAGAAAUUGGUGUCCGCACAACGAUUUGAGGGCAAAACUCAAGUGUUGAGAAUGGAUGUGACCAAAGAGGAUGAGGUGAGGGAUGUCUACGAACAGAUCCAAAAGGAUCUGGUGUCCAAUGGGGAGCAAUUGUGGGCAGUGGUCAACAACGCCGGUAUCAUAACACUCGGCCCUCUAGACUGGGGGACAGUCGACAACUAUAAGCGUGUAUUUGAAGUGAACACCUUUGGUAUGGUUCGGGUCUCAAGAACUUUCCUCCCAUUGAUUAGACAAUCAAAAGGCCGUAUCGUAAACCUGGUGUCAAUGGCCGGACGGGUAACCAUUGAAAAUUUGGGUAUAUAUUCGAUGACAAAACACGCGGCCAUCUCUUUCACCGAUGGUCUGAGACGUGAGACCCGAAAGUGGGGCAUAAAAGUGUCCUCAAUUGAGCCGAUGGCCUAUAAGACACCAAUGGCUGAACGCGAGUACUAUUUCCGAGAACUGGACAAACAGUGGUCUGAGAGUACGGAUGAUGUCAAACAACUCUAUGGAAAACAAUAUUACGAAGAGAUGCGGCGCUGCGGCGGUCAGUUGACAGCCGACGCCGGCGAUAAUAUCUAUGAAGUAAUUGACAAAAUGGUUGACGCCAUCCGUAGUCCAGAUCCGCAGAUCAGAUACGUAUCGGUUCCGGGAAAGUGUCGCACAAAAUUGAUGGUAAAAUUAUUGCAAUUACUACCAAUCGAGAUAUACGAUCGGAUUGCGGCCCAUAAAGCCUCUACUAAUCCCAAACCCGCGGGUCUCGACCGACUCCGAAGCGAAGAGUAG